AUGCCAACCCUAGAUGACAUUUUAGAGUACAUUGGAGAAUUUGACUUCUUUCAGAAGAGACCCUUCUUUGUCUAAUGCCUGCUUUCUGCUACUCUUGCUCCCAUUUAUGCGUGGAUUUCUUCCGGGUUCACCCCUGAGCAUUGCUGCUCCAGCCCCGGGGUGGCUGAGCUGAGCCAGCGGUGCGGCUGGAGCCUGGAGGAGCAGCUGAAUCACACAGUUCCCGAGUGGGAUGGCCACGGGGCCAGCUUCAGCAGCCGCUGCAGGAGGUACGAGGUGGACUGGAACACGACAGGCAUCAGCUGCACCGACCCCCUGGGCAGCCUGGUGGGCAGUGGGAGCAGCGUGCCCCUCGGUCCCUGCCGGGAUGGCUGGGUCUACGACUCCCCAGGGAGCUCUCUCGUGACAGAGUUUAAUCUGGAGUGUGAGGACUCCUGGAAGCUGGACCUCUUCAAGUCAUGUGUGAAUGCUGGGUUUUUUUAUUGGUUCCAUACCAGACAGGUGCGUGGUGUGUGGACAGGUGCAAACUGCAAUGCAAGCUCAGAGUCCAAGAUGAAAUCUUAA